CGGGAAGCGGUGCGGAGGGAGAGAGCAGUUCAAUUUAAAGCAGCAUCUAAUCUUUCAUUGUAAGGGACUCUCAGCCUGCUCUCCCUCUGGCGGGCUCCUUUUUGUGCUAACCAACUUUUGCACUCGAGACAACCAAGAACCAUGGCCCAGCAACAGCAGAUUAGCCUCCCAGCCAAACUGAUCAAUGGAGGGAUUGCAGGCAUGGUAGGAGUCACCUGUGUGUUCCCAAUUGAUCUGGCCAAGACCCGCCUGCAGAACCAGCGCAAUGGGCAGCAACUCUACAAGAACAUGAUGGAUUGCCUAGUAAAGACAGUUAAAUCUGAAGGCUACUUUGGCAUGUACAGAGGUGCUGCAGUAAAUCUCACCCUGGUAACUCCUGAGAAGGCCAUCAAACUAGCUGCUAAUGACUUCUUCCGCCACCAGUUGAGCAAAGAUGGUGGCAGGUUGACGGUGUUCAAGGAGAUGUUGGCAGGAUGCUGUGCAGGAAUGUGCCAGGUCAUUAUCACCACACCCAUGGAGAUGCUCAAGAUCCAGUUGCAGGAUGCUGGCAGGCUAGCGGCCCAGCAGAGGGUGGUGCCCAGUGUCGUAACGACUCUGAAAAUGGGUGGGACCAGUGCUGUUCUUAGCCGUUCCUACAACACCAGGCCAGCGCCUCAAGUCAUGCGAGUGUCCGCCACACAGAUCACCAGAGAGCUGCUGAGAACCAAAGGAGUCACAGGACUGUACCGGGGACUCGGAGCAACACUGAUGAGGGACAUCCCAUUCUCUGUUGUGUACUUCCCUCUUUUUGCACACCUGCACCAGCUCGGCCAGCGUUCAUCUGAAGACCCAUCUGUGCCCUUUUAUUGGUCCUUCACGUCUGGCUGCCUAGCUGGAUCCAUUGCUGCUGUGACUGUCAGCCCUUGUGAUGUGGUCAAGACGAGGCUACAGUCACUCAAAAAAGGAGCUAAUGAGGAAACUUACAAUGGAGUGGUGGACUGUGUCAGAAAGAUCCUGAGAAAGGAGGGUCCUGGAGCGUUCCUCAAGGGGGCAAGUUGCCGGGCCCUUGUUAUUGCCCCGCUCUUUGGAAUUGCACAAGUUAUGUACUCUGUAGGAGUUGGAGAGUUCCUGCUGGGGUACACACCCAACAACAUCUAUUCUACAUAAACGAGCGGUUUCCUAGUCAUUCUGCACCCUCAUUAAAUAGCAGGCAGCUAAUGGACCCAGCUCUCUAUUACUGUGUACCUUCUUUAUUGUCGGAGGCUUUCAGAGUAAAACGUUGAAGGGACCAGAGAUAUGCCAUUUUAUUUAAAACAUAUUUAAAAUGAUGCCUUUUAGCACAACUCGAUCUGAUUUAUGAGAUUGAAUCUUGCCUAUAUAACUUGUCUAUAUGGGCUUCAGUGGAGCCUUUUGUGAGAACAGAAUUUCUUUCCUCCCUGACUAUCUUGAUCGUCCAACAUUGACCACCAAUUCACUACAGAGUGGACUUUUACCCAUGUUUUCUUAGAUUCAUGCCCCGUAUAAAUUGCAUCCAUAUAAAUCUUGAAGACCACAAGGUGUGAUGGCCGUUGCAUGUUGUUGCAAAAGAAACCUUACAGUAUUAAGCAAUAACAAAGGCAGAAUAUUGAAACGUCACUUCAAUAGCUUCAAUCCAGUUUUAAAGGGUUCCAUGUGAAUCUAGGUCAUUGAAGUUGAUCCCUGUCUAUGUAUAUAGUGGUAAAUAACUUCUCUGACAAAAUAUUUUAGGUGUUGUUCCUCUGAACAACCUGGUUUGGAAAAAAUCUGGAAAAAGCAUUGUUUAAUUGGUCAUAGUUUAUGAACGACCCAACGAACGAAACAGUUGGACUUCCUGUCCACCACUGUGUCAUACAUAAAUCAUGCGUUGUAUCACUUUCCUUUACAAGGAAAGAGUUAGCUACUGUGCUAUUGAGUUGUUUACCCAUUCUCUUAGUCACAAGACUUAAGAUGACUAUAUGUGUUUAUAGGUGUUUGGGUUCUUUACAGGGCACUGUGGGCAAUCUCUCUGUGGCAGGCUACACAACUCUGUUUAUGUAACACACUUAAACUCCAUGACCUAAUAAUGCCUUCUGCAAUAAACUUGGGAGACCUGU